CCUUACUUAUUGUUUUGAUGUCAAUAGUACUCGCAAGGAUCGGAUCAUCCGCCUCCGCUCCUCACAGUCUUUCAUUCGAUAUAGGACAGUUGAGUCUCCAGCUAUGUUGAAGCCUGGCCUUGGGUCGCGCUUACCACAGCCGCCAUCACCGCAACCAUCCUCGGCACAACCACAACAACCUGCACCGAUUCUGCAGGAUAACCCUUCGACCACAUUACCGUCUCAGGAGUCAAACGGUCACCCGCCGCUUCCAAGGACGCAAUUCCCACGAAAUCGCCAUCGUUACUCAUUCAAGACGAGGACAGGGGCAACAAACCCCCCACCCCCAGUCAAGAUGAAGCUCUACAAGUUCAAGCCUUACAAGGAGCCUGAAGCAAAAGACGAGCUUGAGCCCUCCAGCGACGAGCCCAAGCCCAAGCCCAAGCCCAAGACCAAACUCAAAACGUUGUCCGAUUCGAGUGCAGCCACCCGCAAGCUCGCUUUUACACGGUUAUUACAAUACCAGCACCCAACGUCUACUUUGAACGUCGGUACUCUAUCCGCUAACCUCAGACGAGCUCUGCCAAACGACGGUACCGUUCAACAGGAAGUUGCCCUCUGUAUCCGAAACGCUGUGCGCGAGGCUGCCAGGAUCAAACGACAAGGUCAACGAGUAAUUGGAAAGGUUGUCGAGCAUGUGAACAAGCAUGAACCGGGUCCCAACGAUCGUCGAUUCAUGAAUUUUCUUUGUCCUCGAGUCUCCAUGAAGGACGCGAAAAAACUGGAUGACGGUUGUGCUGCAGAGGACGACGAUGAGGAUGGUGGUGACAUGGACCAGAAAUCCAAAGAUGGCAAAGGCUCUGAGCAGUUCUUGUUCCUCCAGAGCUUUCUGGCAUACCUCUACUCUGGGAACUACCCACGAAAAAGUGGUACCGGUCAGAAGGUCAACGAUUUCAUUGAUCGCCUCAAGGAUCUCGGACUGUACGCCCCACCAUGUCCUCGGGCCGCUCUCAACGAGACAACUCCCUUCUCACCAAAAGAGUUACUCCUAUCGGUGGCGUUGCAGCUCAAGGUCGAACUCAAAAAAAUGUACCGUAAUGGGACCUGUGAGCUGCAUAAUAAGCUCCAGGAAAGAAAAAAGAAGGGGCUGCUGGGAUCCGAUGUUAACGUGGAGGUCCAGGAGGAGGUAUCUGCUAUCGAAAACUACCUCGCGAUCAACAAAUUGAGUCCAAACCCUCGUAGGAUCAUCCCCAUGUCGACGGCGAAGCAACCUUUUGUCAGUUUCACGGAACGACAACUGGCUAUGUUCUUUUUCAACUGCGGAGACGCACUGAGGGCACGGGUUCAGGAACUGGUCGGUACCGUCUGCACAUCCAUGCGGGAUGUUGAGGAGCGGAUAGGAGGAAAAGAACCAGGCUUUCUCAUCAAGCACCUCAUCGUCGAUAUCGAUCCCGAAGACCUGACCAGUCGCAAGAGAGGCAAGGCUGGACACCGCGCUGCGAUCAAGUUGUUAUCCCUUGAUGAUCUCGAGACCCACUUGCAGAUGCUGGACGAUCCAGAGUUCAGACCGGAGACCUAUGCCCGCAAAGGAUAUUUUCUCAGGGGGUUCUUACGAACUGACGGAUUCACUAUGCAGCUCCUGUGUUCCAAAGUCAGGGAACUUCUGUCAGUCAAAUACAAACGGUUGCCCGGCGAUCGCCUACCUCCUCGAUUGACUUCAACACUUCACGGUACCAGUGAUUUUUUGACGGAGAUCCGAAACGUUAUCCGAACCAAAGACGAUGUGGCGAGACUUUGGCUUGGUGUCGAUCCUAAAGAUAUCAAGAUUCUCACCCUUGACGCAGGACAAGCUUUUGUCGUUGGAGCAUAUGCAUACCUACCAGGAAAAUCGAUGAACAAGGACGAGUCCACUUCCUUCAAUGGUGCAUUCCCUAUCGCCUCUUACUCCACAACAACACCACAGGAUCUGAUGCAAAAGCCGUCUUUGGAGGCACAAACAACUUCAACACCACAGGAUCUGAUGCAAAAGCCGCCUUUGGAGGCACAAACAAUUUCAACACCGCCAGCAACAAUGACAGUGUGACAAGAUCCCUCACCACAAUCUUACCGUCAACCAGAAGGCCGUGAUGCAGCCUGUCUUCCGAUAUAGACGCUGGCUCGAGGAUGAGAAGCAACUGAAACCAGAGGGUCCAGAGCGGCAACAUCAAUUGAAACCGGAUAUCGGGUUACAGUCGAUUGCGCAUAUCGAGUCCCAGCUCCCACCUCUCCAAGGUCCAGACACCAGUGUCACCAACUAUAUUGAGGAGUUGAAAAAAGUCGAGAACCGACUCUUGGAGUUCUAUAACGGGGACAACU